CGUCUGUCAGUGGCAGCGUAGCGCACGGAAGAGACAGACGUGCGUCCCGUCGAGAGGAGACCCAGAUAACUUAGCGGUGUCGGUACCGAACUCUUUGCUCUGAGGCGGAUUUGGAUUUUAUGUACAGGAUGACAUUCGAGGAACUAAGUGGAGAUUAUUCUCAAGAAAGGAUGGAUUCAGUGGCGAAAGCUUUAGAAGAAGUCCUCACAUCUGCGUUACCGCAGGGCUGCAUCACGGUCGGCGUGUACGAGGCCGCCAAGUCCUUAAAUAUAGACCCGGAUAACGUGGUUCUGUGCAUCCUGGCUGCCGACGGUGAAGAUGUGAAAGAUGUGGCCCUGCAGAUCCACUUCACCCUCAUCCAGGCUUUCUGCUGUGAGAAUGACAUCAACAUCCUGAGAAUCAACAACACCCGGCGCCUGGCAGAAAUCCUGGGCGGAGGAGCAGGGGGCAAACAGAGCGGGGGUGAACCCAUGGACCUGCACUGUGUCCUGGUCACUAGCCCACACUCUACAACAUGGAAGGACCCUGCCUUGAGUAAAUUGAACCGAUUCUGCAGAGAGAGCCGCUGCAUGGACCAGUGGGUGCCGAUCAUCAACCUGCCCGAGCGAUGAGCCUUCAGCUGCAAAGCCCUGUGAAAUGACAUUUAUUUGCACAGGAAGUGUGGUGUGGACCCUGAUGGACUCAUUGCCACCCAGAGAUCAAAUUCCAAAGCACUGCUUAUGAAGACAGGAAAGUUUUGAAGGAAAAAAAAAUAUUUCACUCUACACGAGAUAUAUUUAGAAGUUGAAAAAAGAGCAGGGGGAUGAAUUUCCACGUUCGACGGGACCGCUUGGCACUGCAUCAGUUGGGCCUCGCAACCACGACGCGAAGGCGAGGCUUCUGCAGCGUCCUGAAGUGGGAAGUGAAAAAAAGGCAUGAGUGCUUCUCAUGGUGAAGCUGGACACUGUACAGAUGGAUUAUAUCAUGUAUUUGUUUGGUAAAGCCUCUGUGACGAGUGGGAGAAAACAGAACAUGGAGCUGUUGAGUGGACCAAGGCGUCCGCUUCUCUCUGCAGAAACAAAACACUUAUUGAAACACUGGAUCUUUGCAUUUUCAACGAUCUGAUUUAAACUGUUAAUUCCGAUGUUGCUGUUGUCUUAAAUUAAAAAAGGGAAGGGCUACAUAUGCAUUCUGUGCAUUUAGUGUUUCCUAUGCCAGCCGGUGUUUUUCACAAAGUUCAAUAGUUUUUGUUACAAUUUUAAGUUAUUUCUAAUGAUAUUUAAGUGUAUUUAUGUUCAAUUUUUUUAUAUUAAUAUUUUCCUCAUUGGAAUACACGACACAUAUGUAUUGCUGUCAAUAAAGACAUUGUUUGGAAACAAA